CUACACGCCCGUGCUGUUGCCAGUGAUAGGGAAGGACACGCAGAGAGAGUGGUUUGGCGCAGUAAGAAAAUCUUGGCGGCUCUCUGUGCUUUCUCUCAUUUACAUCGUCGGUCGACGGGUUGUCACGAUUUUUUGUUUUUGUAUUUUUAAAAACGCAUUGUUGAAUUCAGCCUUUUAUAUCUGUGAGAAAUAUUUGCAUUACUUGCGAAGUAAUAAAAAAUAUAUAAAAUGAGCUCAAUCAACGUGAAAAAGCUAAAGGUAAAUGAGCUGAAGGACGAGCUGAAAAAGCGACAGCUUUCCGACAAGGGACUGAAGGCCGAACUGAUGGACCGGCUGCAGGCCGCACUCGAUCAAGAGGCCGAAGCGGGCGGCGCAUUCUCUGGGCCUGAAGCCGGGGAAAAUGGCAAUGAUGGCGGUUAUGAUGGCGCUAGUGGGCUAAAUGAAAUGGGCGAUGAGGACCUGGAGGACGAUCUGGUCGGAGAGAGCAUGGAGGCCGAAGAAGAGGAUGGAGACGGGGGCGAAGCUGAAGCCUACGACGCCGAUGCCGAUGGGGGCGCAGAUGUUGGCGGACAACAGGACGACGACAUGGGAGAGGAGGAAGAAGAUGUCGGCGUAGAGAUGGAUAAAUCGGACGAAGACGACGAUGUUAUAUUAAAGGACGACGAUGAGGAGAUGGAUAAAUUCGAAGAUGGUGAUGAAGAUAGUGCGCCGGCAUCCCAAGCGGCUGAGGGGGAUGCGGACACAGACAAGAAAGCUGAACAGAAGAAUAAGAAGGGUGUUAAGAGACGCCGGGAAGAACAUGGAAGGGGCUACUUUGAAUUUAUUGAAGAAAGCAAAUACAGCCGGGCCAAGUCUCCACAGCCCCCCCUGGAGGAAGAGGACGAGGAGUUCGACGACACCACCGUCUGCCUGGACACAUACAACAGUGACCUGCACUUCAAGGUGUCCCGCGACCGUUACAGCGCCUCCUCCCUCACCAUGGAGAGCUUUGCGUACCUGUGGGCUGGAGGCAAGGCUUCCUACGGUGUGGCUAAGGGCAAGGCCUGCUUCGAGAUGAAGAUCAUUGAGAAGAUUCCUGUCAAGCACAUCUCCAGCAAGGGCAUUGACAUCCAUGAGGUUUUGGUGGGGUGGUCCCUGUCCAGUGGCAGCCUCCUAUUGGGUGAAGAGGAGCAUUCCUACGCAUUUUCCCUCAAGGGAAAGAAGACCGGAAACUGCGUGACUGAAGACUAUGGAGAGUCUUUUGACGAAAAUGAUGUCGUUGGUUGCUUCAUUAACUUUGAGAGCGACGAGGUGGAGAUCUCCUUCUCCAAGAACGGGAAGGACCUGGGCGUGGCCUACAGCGUCGGCAAGGAGGCCCUGGCCGAUCGUCCCCUCUUCCCCCACGUCCUCUGCCACAACUGCGCCGUGGAGUUCAACUUCGGCCAGAGGGAGGCGCCGUACUUCCCCGUCCCCGAGGGCUUCGUGUUCCUGCAGCAGGUCCCCGUUGAGGACCGCGUGCGCGGACCCAAGGGGCCCGAUACCAAGGAGGAGUGCGAGGUUAUCGUCAUGGUUGGCCUCCCCGGAGCGGGGAAGACCACCUGGGUCAAGAAGCACACCGAGGAGAACCCUGGGAAAUACAACAUCCUGGGAACUCACACCAUUCUGGAGAAGAUGAUGAUUGGUAGUCUGAAGCGGCAGAUGAAGGACACCACCAAGCUGGCGGCCAUCUCCCAGCGCGCCCCCCUCUUCCUGGGCAAGUUCAUCGAGAUUGCCGCACGCAAGAAACGGAACUACAUCCUGGACCAGACCAACGUGUCGGCCCCUGCCCAGAGGAGGAAAAUGUGCCUGUUCGCCGGGUUCCAGCGCAAGGCCGUGGUGGUCUGCCCCACCGACGAGGACUACAAGGAGCGCACGCAGAAGAAGGCCGAGACCGACGGCAAAGACGUUCCGGAACACGCCGUCCUCAAAAUGAAAGGCAUCUUCACGCUGCCCGAGCAGGGCGAGCACUUCUCCGACGUCACCUACGUGGAGCUGCAGAAGGAGGAGGCCGCCAAGCUGCUGGAGCAGUACAAGGAGGAGAGCCGCACCGCCCUGCCCCCGGAGAAGAAGCCCAACCAGGGCGGGGCACCCCCGAAGAGAGGGGGCAGCCGGGGCCGGGGGCCCAAGAACCAGUUCGGCAGGGGGGGCCCGGGCCAGAGAGGAGGCCGAGGGGGAUUCCAGAACCGCGGCAACUUCAGGGGAGCGCCGGGACCCCGCGGCGGAUUCAGCAGGCCCCCCAGAGGCUUCCUGCCCCCGCCCGCCUUCCGGGGGGGCUUCUCCAACCGCGGCAACUUCAACCGGGGCGGCGGCGGCGGCGGCAUGCCCAACCGGGGCGGGGCUCCUAGAGGCGGGCCUGGCAGGGGCAACAUGGGAAACCGGGGCGGCGCCAUGCACCGGGGCAACAUGGGCAACCGCGGAGGCGGAGCCAACAGGGGCAACUUCAGUCAGAAGUUCAGAGGCAGGGGCGGAAACAACCGCGGCUUCAAGAACGGAAAUUUCGGCAUGAACAAGGCUCAGGCUUUCAACCAGAGCUGGCAGCAAGGGUUCUGGAACCAAAAGCCAUGGAGCCAGCAGUACCACCCGGGAUAUUAUUGAGAGCGCACCAGAGGGAGGGAACGCAAAACUGGCGGCAGACUGGCACCCCUGCCCCGCCCCCGCCCCCGCCCCACCCCGUCUCUCCCCUCCCCCGGCCACAGGCACUCGCUCACACAUCCACCGUUUCCCUUUUUAGUCCCAACAAUAUUUUUAAAGGAGAAAAAACAUUCCACUCAUGGAGGAGCUGCGCCUGUGGGUUCUGUUCAAAGCUUUAUGGGUUUACUUUUUAUGUUGUAAAGUUGUUUUCCCCUUUAUCGUAAAAAUCCCAUUCUUUAAGGUGUUAAAUGUUAGAAACUUCAGCAUUAUUUAGGUGGGAUUAUUUUGUUUUUGUUUUUUUUUGUUUUUUUGUUUUUUUGUUUUUUACUUUCAGGGUUCUUGCAUUUUAUCUAUGAAAUGUGAUUUUUAUAAAAUAUAAAUUUGGCUUUCUUUUUGCGCAGUAGCAGUCAGUAGUUUGACAUUUAAUCAAGAGGAAACGGACACUCCUUUUUAGAAGCAUGUCGCUAUUGUGAGUAAUUGUAUCAGUAGUCCUUCAGCAGCAGAUGCAUUUCUAAUAAGUGAAGCUAAAGUUGUUCUAUAACGUUAAAGAGCUUCAUUUGUCCAUCUAAAGCCUGUAAUAGCUAAACUUUAGGUUUACAAAUAAAUGGGUUCUUUGCUUUUUUAAAAAUUUC